UUUUACAUAGAGUAACUAACAGUCAUCUUUUGCAAUUACACAAAGCUUGUCCUUUCGACCCGAAAUUGAAAAAAAAAAUCCGCAGGAGAACCCUAAUCUGACUCAAUCUCUGAUACAGAGAGAAGAAACGUUGGAUAGAGGUGGGUAGAAAUAGACACUGAGGAAAAAUGGACGCCAUGAGGAAACAGCUCGAUGUGUUAAUGGGAGCCAAUCGAAACGGCGACGUAAGAGAAGUGAAUCGCAAAUACUACGAUCGGGAUGUCUGUCGUAUGUACUUGGUUGGCCUUUGCCCUCAUGAGCUCUUCCAGUUAACGAAAAUGGAUAUGGGACCGUGCCCGAAGGUUCAUUCUCUGCAGCUGAGGAAAGAAUAUGAAGAGUCGAGGUCCAAAGGUGUUGACAACUAUGACAGAGACUUGGAGGACGUUAUCGAUCGGCUUAUUGUUGAGUGUGAUAAGAAAAUUAGUAGAGCUCUUAAGCGUCUUGAGGCUGAUGAUGCAAAGGCUGCUAUUGCAAUAUCAGUAUCUGAGGUUACACUGAAUCCAGAGAUAGUUGAGAUGUCAAAGCAGAUUAAGGAGAAGUUGAAAGAAGCUGAUAAACAUGAUCUUGAAGGCAAGACAGAUUUUAAGAUCCAAGCUCUUGAAGUGGUGGAAAAACUCAGAACCGAGAGAGCUGAGAAGCAGUCCGCACUACUUUUAGAAGCCUUCAACAAAGAUAGGGCGUCUUUGCCUCAACCAUUACCAAACCCACCACCAAUGGCACCCUUGCCUCUACCUACUCCUGAUAUCCGUACCCAGGAAAUGAUAAAUGAGAAGCUACGGAAGGCAGAGGAUCUUGGUGAGCAAGGAAUGGUUGAUGAGGCUCAAAAAGCAUUAGAAGAGGCUGAGGCACUGAAGAAGUUGCCUGCCAGGCUAGAUCCUGCUCUGGACUCCUCCAAGUAUACUGCUGCUGACGUACGCAUUACUGAUCAAAAAUUGCGUGUUUGUGAUAUUUGUGGAGCAUUUUUGAGCGUAUAUGACAGUGAUCGACGCUUAGCAGAUCAUUUUGGAGGGAAGCUUCAUCUGGGCUACAUGCAAAUUCGUGAAAAACUAACAGAGCUUCAGGAGGAGAGAGAGAAGAUCAGAAAAGGUGAACGGAAUGACGAUCGAAGAUCCAAAGAGCGGAGUAGAGACCGAGAAUCAAGUAGGGACCGAGAUCGAGCUGGUAGCCGUGACCGGGAUAGGGAUUCUGAUCGUAGGAGUAGAGAUCGUGACAGGCAUCAUGAUAGAGAUCGUGGACAUAACCGCGAGCGUGAUAGAGAUGUAGAUCGCUCCCGUGGUUAUGAUUCCAGAAGUCGCCACAGGUCACGCUCUCGGUCUGAAGAACGUUCAAGGGAUUAUGAUCGUCACAGGCGCUAUGAUCGGCACUAGGGCUCAUGCUGUUAAGCAUUUUGGUAUGAGUGUGUUUUUUUGGCCUAGUUUAAUGAAACUUGUGGAGUAAAGAAUGAUAUGUAUUGCUUCUGAUAUUUUUAAUGGAGUCUUAAUGGUGAGCGUAUUUAUUAAGUAUUGCCAUAAAUUUUCUCAACUUCCUAUCCUUUAGAAGAACGCUCAGCACUUUUUUAUAUAAAUGGCAUGUCCUGUUUAACCUUCAA